AUGCGCUUCGGCGUGCUGGUGAUCUCGGCGGGUUUCCUGGGACUGUUCAGCUUCACCCUGCUCGCCGUGGCAGUGGGCACCGAGUACUGGUACAUCAUCGACGCGGAUCACGUGAUCAACUCCAGCUGGCACUUCGCGAGUUCGCACUCGGGGCUGUGGAGGAUCUACGAAGGAAAAAAUGGCAGUUUUCACGACAUCUCCUUCUACAUGGAUACAUCUGAAUUCAGUGAGCAAGAAAAGCAUCUCUUAAACCUGCAUAGGAUCAUUGUCAUCCUGCUGCCUCUUAGCCUGGUGUUGCUGAUCUUCGGAGGUAUCUUUGGCCUGGUUAGCUCUCUCGCCCGCAGCUAUACAUUUCUCACUGGUGUGGCUCUGUACUUUCUCAUCUGCAGCCUCUUUACACUUUCUGGUGUGUGCAUCUAUGUGAGCUACUCGCAGCAGGCCUUGGACGAGCUGCGGCGGCUGGUGAGUGGCGAAUUGCUCGCCCACAUACACAUGUCCUUCGGCUGGUCCCUAGCCUCGGCUUGUAUCUCUUAUGCACUUGAGGUGGCCUGUGGCAUCCUACUCAUGCUCGCAGCUCGUCUUGUUUAUCUUGAGCUCCACCAUGAGUCUACUGCUGCUUUCUCCAUGGCCUAA